AGCUGUCCACAAUUUAUAUUUAUUUGAUAACAUUAAAAAAUCAUGUUCGGACAAACACCCCUUAUUCUAUGCCCAACUAACAAAACAGUGUUCUCAUGUCCUCUAACCCUAGUAAAUUUUGGUUUAGAUGCAUCUGUUGGCAAUAAUCGCCCAUCUGUCAAUUUUUGGGGCACCUGUGUCGGGCACGCGCAUAGACCCAGUGGCACGAAACACACUGUUCAAUUUUCCAAUCAAAAAUAUAUUUUGCACCCGAAAUACAAAAUUUUCAGUUACUUGAAUCAAAAAGUGGCUUCACUUUACCGAUCUCAACACGCGGGUUUAAUUUUUUGGUGGAAUCACUAGCACUAAAUUUUGAAUUAACAUUUCCUAAAAUGGUAUUGGUAAUUUCGCAACAAACGUUCGACGAAGCCGUCCAAGAAAAUAUGAACGACCUUGGAUUAUCUCAAGAGGAGGCUGUUGCUGAAGCCAUCGCCCAAUUUGAGUCCCAAGGAGUUGACCUGAGUCAAAUUAUCACCGACCCUGAGUCUUUUCGAAACCUAUCGGCCACUAUCAAAAAGCUGGCAGAGUUCCAGGACAAAAGGCUGACCCCUGAGUGUAUUGAACUCUUACACGCCUUAAAAAAAGAAUGUGAUAAGGGGCUCCCACACAGAAUCCAAGCUGGCAAGGACGGUGCUUACAAUGUGAUACUCGACAUUCUCCUAAAAUCUCACGCUCAAAAAGACAUAACGGAGGCUGCAAUCAAAACCAUGGUGUCGCUGAUGACCAAACAACCCGAUCUUCUUGACGAGAGAGGUGUUUUGGUCAUUUUGAGCAACCUGGACAAAGGCGAACCAGAAACCCAAAGAUUUGUCUUAAAGUGGUGCAAAGAAUGCUGUGUGAUGCAUGAAAUGAACAGACAAAAAUUAAUUGAGCUAAACAUCGUAAAUAAACUGUCCAAGCUUUUGAAGGAAGGAAAUUCGCAUAUUUUGAGAGAUACUCUCCUCGUUUUAAGAGCUUUGACUUUGGAUGACGACGUCCGUGUAGAGUUCGGACGUGCCCACGAGCAUGCACGUAUUAUAGCCACAGAGACGCUAACCCCUCUCAUAGGAUUGAUUCAAAAAUUCCAGGCUGAAGAUAUUCUCGUUAAUGAUUUAAUUCUCACUCUGUCCGCUUUGCUUGUGCGAAACGAAUUCUGCAAGCAAGUGGAUGAAGUCGGCGGGAUUGAACUAAUCAGUGAAGUUGUGACUGCUUUUCUCAACAACGAUAAAGUUGUGAGACAAUGCUUCAAAUUCCUCAAGGCCUUGGCUGGAAACGACGAGUGCAAAGUGCACAUAAUCCAAAAGGGCUUGGCCCCGAUCAUUUCAGACGCGCUGAACGCCCACCAGGAUAACGUCCCGACAGCAGUCGGGGGUCUGAGUUGCGUGGCAGCGCUGUGUCUCAGGUCCCCCGAUAACAGCAAAGCGUUGUUUGAGGCAGCCUUACCCGAAGUUAUAAUCGCGAUAAUGAAAAAACACCCCAAUGAUAAAUUGGUUCAGAAAACGGCAAGUUGGGCAAUUCGUAACAUGGUUUCGCGCAGUCGCUACCAAAAUAGCCAUUUCCUAGAGUUGGGUGUUGAAGAAUUGCUUAAGAACAAUUUGGUGAAAUUUAAGGAGUUUGAGUACGACACCAAGGCGGCUUUAAGAGACUUGGAAGUUAAGGUGGACCUGAAGGAGGAGUGGACCGGAAAAGGCGGGAAAAUUACUUCCGGGACCAGCUUAUCCAUGGAUAGAAAAUAAUUUUUGCAUUUACUACACAAUAAUUUAUGCACCUAAUUUAAGCUUUGUAUAACAAGACUAAUAAAUUUUUCACAUUUUUA